AUGGAUUAUAAGUCGAGCCUGAUCCAGGAUGGAAACCCCAUGGAGAACCUGGAGAAGCAGCUGAUCUGCCCCAUCUGCCUGGAGAUGUUUACCAAGCCGGUGGUCAUCUUGCCGUGCCAGCACAACCUCUGCCGGAAGUGUGCCAACGACAUAUUCCAGGCUGCCAAUCCCUACUGGACCGGCCGGGUUGGCUCCGCGGCCAUGUCUGGAGGCCGUUUCCGCUGCCCCUCCUGCCGCCACGAGGUGAUCAUGGACCGCCACGGAGUGUACGGCCUGCAGCGGAAUCUGCUAGUGGAGAACAUCAUUGACAUCUACAAACAGGAGUGCUCCAGUCGGCCACUGCAGAAGGGCAGCCACCCCAUGUGCAAGGAGCAUGAAGAUGAGAAAAUCAACAUCUACUGCCUCACGUGCGAGGUGCCCACGUGCUCCAUGUGCAAGGUGUUCGGAGCCCACAAGGCCUGCGAGGUGGCCCCGCUGCAAAGUGUCUUCCAGGGACAGAAGACUGAGCUGAGUAACUGUAUCUCCAUGCUGGUGGCAGGGAACGACCGUGUGCAGACCAUCAUCACUCAGUUGGAGGACUCCUGUCGAGUGACCAAGGAGAACAGUCACCAGGUGAAAGAAGAACUGAGCCAGAAGUUUGAUGCGCUGUACGCCAUCCUGGACGAGAAGAAGAGUGAGCUGCUGCAGAGGAUCACGCGGGAGCAGGAGGAGAAGCUCGGCUUCCUCGAGGCCCUCAUCCAGCAGUACCGGGAGCAACUGGACAAGUCCACCAAGCUGGUGGAGACAGCCAUCCAGUCUCUGGACGAGCCUGGUGGCGCCAUCUUCCUCUUGAGUGCCAAGCAGCUCAUCAGAAGCAUUGUGGAAGCUUCCAAGGGUUGCCAGCUGGGGAAGAUAGAGCAGGGCUUUGAAAACAUGGACUACUUUACUUUGGACUUAGAGCACAUAGCUGACACCCUGAGGACCAUCGACUUUGGGACAGAUGAGGAAGAGGAGGAGUUCAUUGAAGAAGAAGAAGAUCAUGAAGAGGAAGAGUCCACAGAGGGGAAGGAAGAAGGCCACUCAAAGCCGAUUUCAAAAGCCGGUGUCCCGAGAACUUCCCGGCAGGAGGCAGCCAGCCCCGCGCGGGGGGCAAGUGGGCGCAGUGGAGGCAGAAACAGCAAGCAGCAGCAGGGCUGGGCGGAGGCGGUUAGGCUUUCCGACGCAGGCCAGGUGGGCUCCUCGGGCUCCCGGGACCCGGUGCUGGGGUCAGCGCCGGGGCCCUUUGCAGCCAGCUACACCCUCCCCCUUCCCUGCGGGCUUUUGCGCACGACGCGCCGCUUCACACGGAGAAGCGGGGACUUGAUAAAGCCAGCCGGCGCGGCGCGCAGCCGCCGGCGUCGUGGGGGCAGCAGCGGUAGCGACAGCCGGACGACCCCUCAGCGGCCCCGGCGCGGUCCAGGCGGGAGCUGCGCGCAAGGCUCUGGUGGCAGGUGA